AUGGCUGCUAUCGACGCGAUUGCGAGCAAGUAUGAAGCCGAGCGCGAGAAAAGAUUCAACGCCAUCUCGGCCGGAGGAGGAGGUCGCCUCAAAUUCAGAAGCAGCGCCCUCAUGAACGACCUCGACCAAGACCCGUGGGCCGAUUACGACAACCUCGCAAAGCAAACCCCGCCAUUGCAAGACGGGUCUGAGAUUCGCUUUCUAAUCCUCGGCGCAGGUCAUAACGGCAUCUUGUUCGCCUAUCAUCUGAUCGCUGCCGGCUUCAAGGCGUCUGAAAUCGUCAUCGUGGAUGGGGCCGGCGGUUUCGGAGGCACAUGGUACUGGAAUCGUUACCCGGGGUUGACCUGCGAUGUUGAGGGGUACUGUUACCUGCCGCUCCUCGAGGAGACAGGAUUCGUGCCCAAGCACCGCUACUCCAAGGGCGAAGAGAUUCGCCAAAAUGUUGAGGGCAUCGCCGAGAAGUUCGGCAUCCAGGGCAUGUUCUGCACCAAAGCAAAAAGUGCAGACUGGGAUGAAACUCAGAAGCGAUGGAAUGUCAAGCUGAGCCGCGACUUGGGACCGAACCACCAGGAUCUGAGCGGCGACUUUGUCGUUCGUGUUCAAUUCCUUAUGCCUGCUGGCGGUCUCUUCUAUUCCCCAAGCGCGCCUGACGCUCCCGGCCUCGAGGGGUUCAUGAAGAAUCGCGAAAUCUUCCACACGGCUCGUUGGAAUUAUGCAUACACCGGCGGAUCCCAGUCCAAGCCCGACUUGGUAAACUUGCAAGACAAGAGGGUCGGCAUCAUCGGCACCGGUGCCACGGCAGUCCAGGUGGUCCCCGAACUAGCCAAGUGGGCAAAGCAACUCUACGUCUUCCAGCGCACCCCGUCCUACUGUGGCCCCAGGGAACAGGUCGAGACAACUCCUGAGAGCUGGGCAAAGGUUGCUGGAGAGCCGGGCUGGCAGUCUAAGAGGGUGAGAAACUUAAACAAGUACCUCAACGAUCACCCCGAGGCGGUUCCUGAGGAUGAUCUACUCAAGGAUGGCUGGAGUCGUGCGCGCCAAUUCUCUGGACUUAUUGGCAGCCCCCGAGCGAAGGAUAUCACGCCCGCCAAGGUCCCUGAGCAUCUGAAGCGGAUGAUGGAGCUAGAUGCAGGAAUUGCAACUGAUCUUCGGAAGCACGUCGACCACGAGGUGGACGAUCCGGAGGUAGCUGAGAAGCUCAAGGCCUGGUACCCUGGCUGGUGUAAGCGUCCGACUUUCCACCAAGACUACCUCAAAUCCUUCAACCGCCCCAACGUCACGCUUGUCGACACCGACGGCCAGGGCAUCUCCGGUUAUACCGACGGUGGUAUCUUAGUUGGAAAGGGCGAAUCGGCCAAAGAGUAUGAAGUCGAUGUGCUCGUGCUGGCUACUGGCUUUGCAACCACGACUGGUGUAGAUGGAGACCCUGCCCAGGUCCUCGACAUGCCCAUCCGAGGUCGCGAUGGCCGCAGCUUGACGGACAAGUGGAAGGCCGAUGACUUUGCAACCUUCUUCGGCGUCGCCACCCACGACUUUCCCAACCUGCUGUUCUACACAGCCAAGGGCGCCACGGGCUCGGCGAACACUACAUACCCGCUUACCAUCGCAGCAAAGACGGUUGCGCACAUCGCGAAGACGGCGGUGGAGCAGGCUACUGAUGCUAGCCGGCUUGAGGUGGAAGUCAGCAAGGAGGCAGAACAACGCUACACCGAGAGUCUGAAGCCAUACAGCCCGUGGUAUGCUACUGUGGCAUCUUGCACUCCCACAUAUUUUACGGAUUACAGAGACCCGACCAAGCCAAAGAACCCCGAGAACAAGAAGGGACCUACGGUGGGAUGGAGUCUGGGCACAGUGGCAUUUGAGGAGGCUGUUGACAAAUGGAUCGACGGUGGUUUGGAGGGUUUCGCUGUUCGGGGCUGA